AUGGCUAGAAAAGGUGAGAAACGUUCCAUAGACACACUACAUGCAAAUAUUCCGGCAUCCGGACACUUUCCGGAUAUUCCGCUUGAUUUGGCAGCACGGAAACGAUUCAAAUUUAUGAUUGAUCAUUUGUUGGAUACGGAUGGUACAUAUGAAAAAGCUGAAAAAACGACAAUUGCUGCAGGAACCAGUAAUGAUAGUAAGGAUAAUGCUGAGAUGGACGAAGGUGAGAGUAGCAUGGAACAGUUACCCAAAACUUCACCGUUACCCGGGAAUUCUCAUAUACUUCAACAUAUCACAUGUCGACUGGAAGGACGAGAAUUGUGGAACAAAUUUUAUGAACUUAGCACCGAAAUGAUUAUUACUAAAAGUGGACGCCUUAAUUAUAGACGUAUGUUUCCGACGAUGAAAUUAAGUAUUAGUGGUUGUGAACCGGAUGUGUUUUAUUACGUGUUUCUGGAUGUAGUUCCGGUGGACAAUCGACGUUACCGGUAUAUUUAUAAUAAGUCAUCUUGGUUAACAGCCGGUAAAGCUGAACCUACACCUCGUAAUCGAUUGUAUAUGCAUCCUGAUUCUCCAUUCACCGGUGAACAGCUUUGCAAUCAAGUUAUAUCAUUUGAAAAAGCCAAACUGACCAAUAAUGAAGUUGACAAAACUGGACAUCUAAUUUUAAAUUCAAUGCACAAAUAUCAACCACGUAUACAUGUUGUGAGACGACCACGUGAGCGACCAAUUGAACAGGCUUUAACAAUUGAUUUGCACAACGAACAUUACAAAACAUUUCAAUUUAAAGAAACUCAAUUUAUGGCUGUCACAGCAUAUCAAAAUCAAUUAAUUACAAAGUUAAAAAUUGAAAAAAAUCCAUUUGCGAAAGGUUUUCGUGAUCCAAAUGGACGUUCGCCAGAAUAUGAUUUGGAAAUUCGUAAUGACAAUGCACCAAUGCUAUUACCCAACUUGUAUAGUCCAGCAAUUAUGCAACAAGCAUUAAUUCGUCAGUAUUGGGCAGAAAAGAUGCAUUCACGUUUUGCAUUACCGCCACAAUUCAUUUCACAAAUGUUUUUUGCAAAUAUUACUGCUAUACCUGUGUCAACCUCAACUUUACCUGUUGCUGCUGCAACUUGUCCACCGCGUUUAAAUUUUGAUCGCGAUUUAAUGCCAUAUAACAUUACCACUACCACUACCACUACCACUACAACCACCACUACUACUACUACUACUACUGUUACUACAACAAUUAGUACUAUUAAUACUACUACAACUACUAAUACUAAUAAUACUGCUACAAUUACUAAUGUUAGUGCAAUUGUGCAAGAUAAUCUGAAAAGGUUAACAGAUGAUCGACGUACUUCACUCAUUUCAUGA